AUGAAGGUCCUGCUGACACUGGCCGUGCUGUGUGCCUGCAGUGUGCUCACAGCUCGUGGGAAGGCUCCGCGCAUGUUCACACCAGGGCUCGAGGGGAGCACCGUAGGAAACCUGACCCACGGCUGACACGGCUGCUACACGGGAUGGGGCAGCGGCGGCACGACCAGGGCUUCAACUGACCGGUGCUGCCGGCUCCGCGCCUGCUGCUACGCCCGGCUGGCGGCAAGGCCCUGCCGCGUGAGACCAUCUCCCUCCUUUAUAGUACCUCUUUUUGGGGCAGCACCCCAGGGAUCUUCCCAAAAAGAUCUCAGACACAUUUUCUCUCCGAUCCCUGCAGGAUCCGGGACGCGGUGCCAGCGUGGUGCCUGCCGAUGCGAGCGGCGGGCAGCCUGGCUCUGCCAGAUGCGCAGCCGGGGGCUGCGUCGGUGCCGGGGACGAGCCGGGCGGUGUUGA